AUGAAUGAAAAUAAUAUUGUCUAUUUUUUAUUUAGGGAAAAAUUUGAAAAUGGAAAAAAUAUUAUUAUUUCUUAUUGGGAAUUCUUAUUGUCUCAAUUAAAAAUUUAUUCAGCGCGAUCACGUCUUCAUGAUCAUCAGUUACUGUUAAAAAAGAAAUUACAUCAACUUAAACAAGAACAAAAUAUUUCUUAUGAUCAUCAAUCGACAAACUAUGAAAAUGAAAUAGAAUCAUUCGAAGAUUUAGAAAAUAAGUGUUUAGACGUUUAUGAACAAGCUCAUUAUUCGCCAAUAUUAAAGAAUAUAAAUGAAUUGGAUAUUGAAAUUCCAAAAAGAUGUAUAGAUGAAAUAGAUGAUGCGGAAAAAUUAAAACAACGUCAACCAGUUAUGAAAUCUGGAUCUAUGCAAACUAAUAUUAAACAUAUUUCUCAAGAUUUUGUUGAAAAUUUCAAAGAUUUGGCAGCAGAUGAUAGUACAAUUAUUAAUACAAUACCGAUUGAUGGAUAUGAUUGGAAUCAAUAUAAUAGAACACAUUAUGAUAGAAAUAAUCCUCCACCGAAAACUGUCCAAGGUUAUAAAUUUAAUAUCUUCUAUCCUAAUUUGAACGAUAAAACAAUGAUUCCAUCUUGUCAUCUUAUGGAUUGUGAAGAUAAUAAAGAUUUUUUAAUUCUUAAAUCUCAUGCUGGACCACCAUAUGAAGUAAGAAAAUUUUUAAAUUUUUAUAAGAAUUUAUUUAUUGUACUUUUAUUGCAAGAUAUUGCAUUUAAAAUUGUUAAUAAAGAAUGGAAUAAAUCACGUCAGCAUAGAUAUCGAUGUCAAUUUCAAAAUGAUAUUUUUCAAUUAUGGUUUAAUUUUUCUAAAUCAAAAUAUCGACGUUAA